AUGUCACCAUAACAAAGCUGAUUGAAGUGCAGCCUUGCCUGGUGGAAAAACAACAGUUAUGAACUUGAUGCUAUCUAUGCUGUUAUGAAAUACUGUAGCCCCCUGUGAGUCUUUAUAGCUGGAUUAUGCUUAUACGUGCAUUUACAAACACAAAAAGAGGAUUACCUCAUCUCCACCAUCUCCCACCCUUACCUCACUAUUUGACAUGAAUCCCGCACAAAAUAAACACGUGUCUGAUGCUAGAGAGGAGGGGGAGAUGAUGUGUACUAAAAUUAGAUCACUGAGGGGUUGAACGAAAUACUAAUCCUGCAAGCACAGUCACCUGCAUAUUCGCUACAUUUCUGCAUGUAACUCUAACAAAAGAAAGAUGAAAAAUUUAGGGCAAAUAGGGGGAAAAAAAAAAUUCAGCAGAGCUCCGGAGCACUAACAUCAGGCAAAUCCAAUAUCUCUCUUAUCUCUCAAUCCCCUCCCACUCAGCCACAACUCCUGCUCGGGGUGCUUUCAACAUGAAAGGAAGGCGAGCAUGCCUUCUCCUCUUCUGUCAUGUUGUCUGCAGGAAACAUAUGGAUUGCCUGGUUGAAUUUCUGCAUGGUAUGAGAGGCCAAGCCGCUCUGCCAGGUGAAGAAGCUCCAUCCAGUCAGGGGAACAUUUUGAAGCAGGCAGGCUGUUGCCCUUCUGGACCUGAAGAUGUUUCGCAAGAAAAAAAAGAAGAGGCCUGAGAUAUCAGCGCCAAAGAACUUUGAGCACCGUGUCCACACCUCAUUUGACGCCAAACGGGGCUGCUUUGUGGGCCUGCCAACCCAAUGGCAAAGCCUGAUAGAAAACCUGCGAAGGCCCAAACCCAUGGUGGACCCCUCCAGGAUUACAGAGGUGGAGCUGAGGCCAAAGAAGACCAUUGUGCGUGGGAGCAUAAUCGGUCAUGGAGACUACAUCGCAGCCAUGAUCAAUGACAUGAGCCGUUUGUCUGUGACCAGUUCCAACUCUUUGCGGAAAAGUAGCCCCUCAGCAAGGAAGAGGGCCCAGUCUCUAGGAAGACUCGGGGAGGUGAAUGAGGGAGAUACCUACCAGUAUGAGGGCUUAACCCAAGAUGAUUAUGAUGAGGAGGAGGAUGUGGGUCAGGAACACUGGAGGGACAAAGCUAGGAACAUCCACAGUGAGACCAACACCCCUUACUUGGGCAUGAAGAAGAGCAUCACCCUGCAGCCAAAUGGGAUCUUACCAAAGGCCAAAUCCACCUAUGAAGUAGGUGUUAGCUCCAUGGAGGGACCCUCACAACCCAUGCAAUCCCAGAACAUCACAGCGCCAAGUCACGGGUCUUAUAUGACCGGGGAGGUGGGAAGUCCUCAAGAGAGAGUGAUAUGGAAAAGAGAUUUCCAGCUGCCCAGGGGAAUUCCACCAAACCAGAGACCUGUAGCUUGUUUCUACAGCCCUGCUAUGACUGUCCAGCAGCUCCAUGGAGAUCAGGGAAUUGUCCCUACAGAGCUCCGUCCCAAUCCACCAAUGUACAUGCACCCACAGAACAGCCCAGGGAGGCCGUUCUCCUCCUAUGACCUAAAAGCAGAGUCGGCAGUGAGGUACCACUCCAGUUUCCUUCCCACUGGCACCAGUAGUCCCCUUGUGGGAGGCAUUAGACCUCAACGGACAGUGCGGUCCUCAGCUAGCUACACUCUGGGUCUUUCUCCAAAUAUUGGACUGAGACCCAGUGGACCAGACCCCUUUCUCAGACACUCUGGAUGCCCAAACCCUCCUUAUCCCCGACAGGACAGCCCCUCUCAACCUCGACCUUCCCCUACAGGCUCAUUAGCCACCAGUCCUCCAGGUACCUGCUCUCCUGCAUUCAGACCUCCACAACAUCCCUCACCCAGACCGCCCCCAGACCCACCUAAGGUGACACAUGAACAGUUCAAGGCAGCCCUGCAGAUGGUGGUAGACAAGGGUGAUCCACGAACUUACCUGGAGAACUUCGUGAAGAUUGGGGAGGGCUCAACAGGGGUGGUGUGCAUUGCCACAGAAAAGCACACUGGAAGGCAAGUGGCGGUGAAGAUGAUGGAUCUGCGGCGGCAGCAGAGGAGAGAGUUGCUCUUUAAUGAGGUGGUCAUCAUGAGGGACUAUCAGCACAGGAAUGUAGUGGAGAUGUUCAAGUCUGCCCUGGUGGAAGAGGAACUGUGGGUAAUCAUGGAAUACCUGCAAGGUGGCGCACUAACCAACAUUGUGUCUGAAACCAGACUGAGUGAAGAGCAGAUUGCUACAGUGUGUGAGGCUGUUCUGCAAGCCCUGGCCUAUCUCCAUUCACAAGGAGUCAUCCACAGAGAUAUAAAGAGUGAUUCUAUACUACUCACAUUAGACGGAAGGGUCAAGCUUUCAGACUUUGGCUUCUGUGCUCAGAUUAGUAAGGAUAUCCCAAAGAGGAAGUCUCUAGUGGGGACGCCUUAUUGGAUGGCUCCUGAGGUCAUCUCCAAAUCACCAUAUGGCACUGAGGUUGAUGUAUGGUCAAUGGGAAUCAUGGUGGUAGAGAUGGUGGACGGGGAGCCCCCAUACUUCAGUGAAACACCUGUAGCAGCGAUGAAGAGGCUGAGAGAUGAGCCAGCUCCGACUGUUCGAAAUAUCAGCCAGAUCUCCCCAGUUCUAAAAGACUUUCUGGACCGUAUGCUGACUCGGGACCCCAUAGAGCGGGCCAGCGCCACUGACUUGCUGGAGCACCCCUUCCUGCUGCAGAGCGGCUCACCUCAGUGCCUGGUCCCUCUGGUGGAGCAGUACCGCAAACGCAUGUCCCGUUGCUGACCUUGUGGGGCUGAUGGUCCCCAACACCCAUCUUCAGCCUGACCUGUGCAGGUUUUGAAAGAGUACUAGCACCGGGUUCAAGCUCCUCUAGCACCCAAGCUGAUGUGGCGUCAGCUCCAGAGAGGCAGACCCAGAGAGCAUUUUGCCACCAGUGUGAUGGUGGCAAGUUUGGUUGAUGGACACGGCAUGGUCUCGGGCAUGUGAGAAGCACUUUAGGAGUGAGUUAAAGGCAGCAUGCAAGUCCUCACCUCUCAACUCAGUUUGAUUGGAAUACCGAUUGGCUUCCUGAAAGAUUCAGUGUGGUUUAAAACAGUUGCAUAACACACUGAUAGCAAAAAUCAAUAUUCCACAUAAUUAAGUAUACCAAAUGUGUGCUACUCUAAAGAUCCUUUACAGUGUUCUUAGUGGGCAUUAUUGCUUGCUAUAUAAACCUUAUAAAGCUGUUGUUAGGCUCAAACCACUGUAUCUUAUUGUUACAGGAAUAAAGUUACCUCUGUUAAACUAUCACUCUGUUGUUUAAAGUGGACAACAAUUUGGUUAAAACACACUCCUUGCAUGGCCAAAUGGAGGAGGCACACCUGGCCUGAUAUAAAUGCUUGAAUAUGUACCAAAAUGGGAUGUGAAAGACAAUUCUCCUUUAUUAGCAUUAUAAAUGGGUAGAUAAAAGCCCAGCUGCUAUUAUUGGGCAACUGGAAAAUCCCCAGUACCAUAUUCCCCUUUUCAUAUUUAUUCUUUAUUUCCAAAAGGUGUUGUCGGUUGUUUGUAUGAUGUGAAGUUGCAAUUAAGGUUUCCUAAAUAAGUAUGGACUUAAAACAUGAGAUCAAUUAAUAAUGUACAUAAAAAUACUGAGUUUUAGGUCCUUAUAUCUGCUAAUUCACUCAUUGCAGUGAAUUAUAUGACAUGAGUUCAAAUGUUACUUUUACUUACUGAAAUGUGAGUGUAUAGCUGUGUGUGUGUGUGCAGGUAUGUGUGAGAGUGUGGGUGCUAGGCGACACCUCAGUGUUUGCCUCUUGGACAACCCUCUUUGUAUUGUGACAGACUUUAAAAAAUAUAUAUAUAUAUAUCAGAGGAUGUGUAUGAUGAUGUGUGUGACUGUAUUUGCAUUUGUUCGCUUAGAUAAAGCACACAGGCCUGGCAUGUGAUGCUGCAGGACACCAACCUGCUGAGAAACACUUUGCACAUAGUCUUUGUAUUCUGACACAGAUACAUGUUGACAUGUUUCAUCUAUUUCUAUUUCUGUGUGGACCAUUCCUAAACAAGAGAAUUACACAUUUUAAUUUUGUAUAAAUCAAUAAAUAAUGCAUACUGACU